AUUUUAUUCUUAGGAGUUGAGACAGGAAAACUUGCCAUCAAUCAGGAAGGAAGUUGCGGAGGCCAUUGUCAGACAGUGACAUUUAGCAGCCGUUUCUCCGGUGGAGCUCCGUAUGUGUUCGCUUCUCUUAACCAUGGAAACAUCUCAUCUAUUGUCCACGAUAUUGCAUUUGUUUGGGUUGAAGAUGUCACUGCAGCUGAUUUCAAAGCCUGUCUGGUGCAAGGAGGAUUUAGCUCCAGAGGGAACACCACUAUCGAUUGGCUCGCGUUCCACGGUUCACAAUCGGGAGUUUAUCAUGGAAAAGUCAGCUUCGGCCUGUUUACCACUGGAACAAAAUGUGAACAAGUCACAUUUCCUCAGGUAAUGUAUGAAUGGAGUCUACUUCGGUUGAUAAGUCUCGCCAUGAUGUUCACAAAUUCAUCAAGAGUAUUAAAAAGUCUUCAGCUAAUAUGUAGUCUCCUUCGCAGCCGUUUGAUGCGAGACAUCACCACGAUCAGAAGGCAACCACUUCCCUAGAAAUUUUUGAUAAGUGCGAUGAUAACCCUUUAUUUUGCUGAGGUAGAAAGCUCGUCUAACCAUAUUAGAAGGUACCACAGAAAUGAAAUAUGGCUGAUAGAUGGAGUUUUGCAUAUCAGGUCUUCUCACAGCUGCCUAAAGUGCAAGUAACUGUCAAACACACUGCUUCAAACCAAUCCCAGGACGCCAUGAGUGUUUGGAUUGAAAGCCUCUCCAGAAGUCAGUUUGAAGUUUGUCUGAGGGAAUCAAGGACGUUUGAUGGACCUCAUCGCAAUCUUGUGGUGGUAUGUGGGACCAGUUCGAUGUUCGAUAUAAAUCCAAUAAAACUCACGUCAAGCAUGUUGUAGCAGACAGGUUCAAUCGAAAGUUAAAUAAACUUUCUUCUCGUUCCAAUAAAAGUUUUAGAAAAUAUUUCACCCUUUCAAAUAAUACUUUUUGAGCUUCGAACAUUUGGUGUGGUUAGUUUACCUAUACCCAAGGAAAUUAAAAUCAAUGCCACAGCCAGACCAUCAACAUUGGCUAUGUUUCACUACUCUGUUUUUAUUAUACUUGGAAGAGCAUUUGUUGCGCCUGUCCAAUUUCAGACCAUUUCAUGACAUUCUUAACGCCUGAAAUAUCCGGGUUAAGCGAAGUUAACUUCGGCUAACUAACUACUAUUUCAUUUAUUAUUAACCAGUUUUAAAAACUAAUAAACAUUCAUACGGAUAAAAUUGUGAGUGACGAGCUGGUUUGGUCAUCAAGAAGUGAGUCACUUGUUAAUUUUGAGCAAGGAAGAAAACAGAUUGUAAAAUUAUUUUGUCAACGUCUUUAUUUCAACUGAAUCCUAGAACUGGAUGGCAUAUGUGAAUCAUCCAUCUUCGUGGGGAGCAGAAGAGUCUUCGGAAGUUGUGUUUUCUGAAUAUGAGACACCAAAUUCAAGAAACAGUCAUGCCCUAUGCGAGGUAUGUGCAGAUAAGAGAUGGCACUGCGUGCAUUCAUGUCUUCCCAGUAAUAUAGCGCCAUUAUCUUUAGUCUGUCAGGUACGUUUUGAUCAUCAGAUCUGCAUUUCUUCCACUGAAUUGAUUUUUUUUUUCAAAUUUAUUGCAGAACAUCAACUUCACAAACCCAUUUUACAAGCCACCAGUUGUUCUCACAACUGUACUCAAUGGACGCAACAACCCUGUUAACGUUGGAAGUCAAGCAAAAGGUCCCUUAGUCAGUUGGCUGGAGGUAUAUCAACUGAUAGUACACUUUCUUUAUUGCUAUGGUUGUAGAGGUUAUGCAAAAAAAUUAAUGUUAACUUUACAGAGAGAAGAAGGCUGCAUUUAACCCUUGAUAAGUUUUAUUUUCAUCAUUGACAAAUGAAAUUGAAUGACUCCUCCAGCCAUCCAUUUAUUCGUCUGCCCAUCCAUCAUUUCAUUCCCUCUACAUUUAUGCAUGCAUACAUCCAUGCGUGCGUGCUUACAUGCAUACAUACACUCAUGCAUAUACACCCAUGUUUGUAUGAAGGUAUGGAUGUAUGCUUGUAUACAUGAAUGAAUGUAUGCAUGUAUGCAUGAAAGCAUACAUGAAUGCAUACAUGCAUGCAUACAUGCAUGCAUACAUGCAUCCAAGCAUACAUGAAUGCAUACAUGCAUCCAUGUAUCCAUAUGCAUCCAUCAACCUGUCAGUCUAGUUAAAUAAGAUAUGGUGGCAUGUAUAUGUCGCUCACUUAUCACUUUCAUACAAUCUAUAAUGCAAGAUGUAUUUUUAAACUAGGUUGGUUAAUUUCGAGUUCUGUCUUGGAGUAAAGGAGAGUGUUAACCACUUAAUACGAUUAUUGACUGAAUGAAGGAAUUUUUAUGAGAAGAUCUUACCUUGUGCGACCUUUUUGUUUGAUAGGAAGUAACCAAGUCUUACUUUCGAGUUUGUAUUAAGGAUGACGCAGGCUAUGGUGGUCAGAGGGAAAAUAUCAAUGUAAACUAUUUAGUCAUAGGAGGUAAUUAACGUAUAAAAUCAACCAUUUCUGUGUUUUUCUGUGUUUUCUUCUUCUUGUUGGUUUUCCAAUAUAGCUUUCUUUAAUAACAGCGUUAAAUGCUUGCUCUCUGCAGACCUCGAGCCCUGUAGGAAUGUAAGCUGUGAAUAUCACAGUCAUUGCGUUACCUUGGGUCCCCAGCAGGUCACAUGUCGCUGUGAAAGUAGCUGCCCAUCAUUCGAAGAACAAGUCUGUGCCUCCAACGGCCGUACUUUCAGAAAUCUCUGCUUACUGGAGAAAGAAAUUUGUACAGCAAGAGGAAACUACUCUUAUUAUCAUCCGGGAAGUUGCACAGGUAUCAGAAGUAUGAUCCUAAUUAGUUAACCGUGAGGUUGAAGGAAGAGGAAGACAGAUUUUGACUGAAUUUAACAGGAAAGGUAACUCAAGCCAGAGCGUCACUAAACAGACACACGUAGAUAUAGAACAUAAUUUUAUGAAACUGAUUUUUGAUAAAUUCAGUCCUUUUUUGGGCGGUAACCUGAUGGAAGCUUCCUCUUGGUCUCCUGGUUGCUUCACAGGAACUUUGUUAGUACUCUGAUUGAUGAUGAGAAUCGAGCAACCACUGUGCAUGUAGCAUUUAUUUCAUUGUAUUAACUCAUAAUGAAAAUACUUAUCGACCAAAGAGUGCAAGAGAAUUUCUACAUUUGUAACAAUAACUUCGUCCUCUCACAGUACCAUUUACUAGGCGGAUUUGGCAUGGAUUAAAUUGUUUCUGCUCAUUUUCAGGUUUUCCACUUCAGAAAGGAAGACAUAAGUUUCGGAACGUCCCUUCCUGGGCAGAAGAUCAGUGUGAAUCCAUAACCUUCGCUCCUUUCAUAUUUUAUCCUCACAAGAAAAUCUACGUUCAACUUACUGUAAAUCACUUUAAUUAUUCUGAUCCCGCCAUCGUGCAUGAGGCCACUGCACCCUGGGUUGAGAGUGUUAACAUCACGCAGUUCACAGCCUGUGUCACUCGAGCUGGUAGAAAUGAUUACCCCUCUGAUAGCUUUGCCGAUGUUGAUUGGGUCGCAUAUCAGGGUGCUCCCUCUGGGGGUGUGGCUGGCGAAGAAAAGUUCUCCAGAUGGUGGACUGGAACUAAUUGUCAAACAAUUACCCUUCCAAGCGUAUGUUAACUGUUGUAAUAAUGGAUUGUAAAGAGGGGGAUACUCCUUUUUUUGGCCUGAAUAGGUGUACCGCGUAUUAUAGGAGUCCUUUUUGGAUUGGAACCCAAGCUUGAUGGUUCUGGUGUACUCUUGUGUUUAGAAGAAUUGUUUUAUUUCAUCGUAAUUCUAAACAUUCUUUCAGGACAUUGCCUCCUAAAUGGUCGAUAUGCUCUGGUUUGAUUGUUUUCAUCAGAAUAGCGAAAAUAUGGAUUUAUUUUCCUUAACAGGUUUACGUGUUCAGAGUCUGACAGGUUCGGGGUGUACUCCCAAACGCGCUCCAAAGAGGGGGAAGGGGGGGGGAGGGAGGCUCCUGCGUCUCACAGGUCGGCCUCCAAUUGGUAUAAAUCAACGCAAGAUCACAUUUAUCAUCUUAUCUGGAGAAUUCGUUCUACUUGAAUAUACACCUUACAUCCCCGUCGAAUUAUUUUUUUCAGGGAAAGUUCUCCGCCUCGCCAACAGUAAUUGUAACUGCUGAACACUACAGGUCAGGUUUAAAACAUGACGCUACCAGCGUGUGGCUGGAAGAUGUCUCAGCGAGUUCGUUUAAGAUUUGUCUACGAGAGUUUCAAAACUUUGCAGGGGUUCAUGAUGACAUCUCUGUGGUAAGCAUUGAAAUAUAGGAGCAGGAAACUACAGGAUAUAUCUUUUUAUUUUUUUAUUUGUUUUGCUUUUGUUUUGUUUUGUUUUGCUUUGUAUUUUUUUUACUUUUCAGCACUAUAUUUCGGCUGGGCAAACCAGCCCUAUUAAGGUAUGAGUAGAAUUAUCGUGGAGUGGUAGUUUUUAUGAAGCGAUUUGUGUAACAUCAAACAUACGAAUAACUAGGUUUAUAAGGUAAGGUUUAAUAUAGUUUAGUCCAAACAGUUGAAUAAGCCAAUUGUUCGCGUUUUUGGAGAUGCUCAGAAUUUAUUUGCCAUUCAAGAAAGAAAAAGAAAGCGUCUUCAAGCUGACAGAUUGAGUCUCUGUUACGAAAGUAUUUUUCGGUGGGAAUAAAAACUUUUCCUCAGCAGAAUGAACACGGCAGGAAAGAAGAAUCCUGCGAAGAAUUUUGCAUUUGCAUUUCAACAAUAAAACUCACAUAUCAGGCAGUUUGAUUCUUUCCACGCUAAGUUCUCAUUUUUCCUUUUCCCCGACCGGCCCUUUUGACUCAUUUCAAUGCUCGAAUGGAACUCAAUUUACCGUGAAAAAAACUGAUAAUUUUUCUCUCUUUUUUGUACCUUCCUACAGAACUGGCUGGCGUUUGAUUCUCUUCAGAGACCGCUCUUUAGGGAACACAAUGAUGUCAGCUUUCAAAACAACGCUUCACCUGUUAAGAAUCAUAACUUUGCCUUCUGUAAGGUAAUUUGAAGUUUCAAUGGGGUACAUAACAAGGCGAAGUCUAACCUGUGCUAGGCUUUCGCUUAGCGGAGACAAGUGAAAAGCGAGAGAGCGGAAAACGGAGGGAACACUGGAAAGCAAAAUGGGGUUACUCUUAACAAUCACCGAUUCGUUUGUCUUCAUUCGCUAUGGGUAGAAAUGGUUGAUAUAACUGAGAACCCUGUUUCCAUCCUCCAAUUUUUCUCUGUUAGCUAAUGAAAAGACGAUACAGUGAACAAAUUGAUUUUUCUUACGUUAAUAUUGACCAUAAGGUUUUACGAGUUACUGACGUCUGAAUCUAAACACACUUGCUCACCUUUGAUUUUCUCGACCAUAGAAUGUGAGCUUCAUUGGUAGUUACAGCAAAUCCCCAACCGUGCUUUUGACAGCUAAGCAUUCUACUUCUGGAGGAAAUACUGCUGCAGAAUGCAAUGGUAUAGUGAGCUGGAUCGAGGUAAUUUGAAACUGUGUAAGAAUGAAAAGAUACAAUUGAACAGAGCACACAGAAACUGUUACUUUUUAAUCAUACAGAGGAACGAUCGGACGAGAAUAACAUGUCAUUUCGUGCCAUUUUAAUGCCGCAACUGACUUAGCUAUACGUAUUGCUGAAUUAAUCCAGGAUAUUGCAGUAAAAGACAAGGAGAGCUCCAUGUGCAGAUACCUAUAAAAUGAUAAAAUGACGAAUUUUCAAGCAGUUCUGUCGUCUCUCUUGUAAGUAUUGUAAUUAUUUAAGAUGUAUUUAUAUCCUUUGAUUUUUGUUUUCACCAGUACAUCUCCACCUCUGGCUUUAGAAUAUGUGUCAAGGAAGUCUUUGUCAAACGCUUUGAUCCACUCACUGUAUCAUAUGCAGUAUUAGCAGGUAAUCUUGUCAGGUGUUUUUAUUUUAAUCAGGGGGUGCGUUUCCGGUCGCAUUUCUUGCGACACCUAUUUUCUUUACCACCCCUCUUCCCUUCUCAUCGCUUUGUAAGAUUUUAUAAACACUGCCUGGCGAUGAAGAACAAGGUAGAAAUGGAAAUUAUGUAAACUUUUGUGAAUUGGUGUUUUGUAAAUGGUAUCCUAAAUGACUGUGUUUUGGAGCGUGAGUUAGAGGUUUGCACCAUAAGUUUACGAUCAGCAUUAGGUUUUAACUUUGAACGAACAAGGAAACAAGCAAGCCAAGGAAAACAAACAAAUUAGUACCUAAACAAACAAACAAACAAACAAACAGAAAGAAAAGAAACAGAAACAAUUUUACUUGAGUAAACAAUACAAAUCAUACUGGAACAAAAAGCAUGUCCAUUAUAAUGUUUUCUUAUAGAAAAUGUGAUUGAAAUAAAUACGUUUAACCUUUCCUCAAAAGACAUAUGUCAGGAAGAAUGGGCCUAUUAUAAGGGAUACUGCUACAGAAGAAUUUCUUCCUGUGAUUCCUGGGGUGGCAGCCAGGCAGCAUGCGCCACUCUUGGGGCUAAUCUUCCCAGCAUACACAGUCAGGAAGAAAAUGUAUACAUACAGAGUCUCCAUGGCGGCGACCACUCUUGGCUCGGCCUUUCUGACAGGAACACCGAAGGUACAUUCGUGUGGAGUGAUGGAUCACAGUUUGAUUUCCAUUACUGGGCGAGCCAUCAACCAAACAAUUUUCAUGAUGAGGACUGCGUCCAUACUCUUGGUUUCCUUGCAAAUCAUAAGUAUAAAUGGAACGAUGUCAAUUGCACAGACUGUCAUAAAUUCACUUGCAAGAAAGGUACGUCUUCCGGAUGAUGGUAAAAUUGUUUUUACUCGGAGCAAAGUUCUGUGAGAAAAAUAGGAACACGUAUACUUUCCUGGAUUUUAUAACGCACGGGUUUCAAUACCUUUUCCCAUACGCGGCUUCCGAUGGUGUAAUAGGCGGCUGCUCCCGGAGAAGGGGCCUUACGAUCUCUUUCCCCCUAGGGUAGUCCAGGGGCAUGCUCUUCAAUGCUCUUCAAGGAAAAAAAUUGAAAUCUAGAAGCUCGGAAUGUAAUUCCAAUAUUCUUGGCCAUCUGACUUUUACCAAAAAAAAGAAAAGUGCUAACUUUAUAUUUAAUAAUAAUUAUUUUUUCAAAACAUCCUGGUGUUGCUAAACAGGUUUAUAAGUGAUGUAACUAAUUUUAGAUAGCCCAACCGAACUAACAGGGCUUUACGUUCUUUUUAAACUAGCUAUACUAAAAUGUGAUGUCCCUGUUUAAAUAUUGAUUAAAUGAUUAAAUGGUCUAAGACAGUGUUUUAUAUCUAGUAUUUUCGUUAUGAACUCAGCCAGGUUUUGUCGUGUAUUAGCUAGAAUAAAGAGACUGGUUGUUUUCCUCCGUCAAGUAAUCAAUUUUAGUGAAAUUAAAGUGAUUUAUAGACCUUGUGGUUUGAUAAGUAGAUGAAAUAACAAGUUUAACUAUUCUCAUCUAGCUCUUUUAUUUAUCAUUUCAGCCUUUUAUGUUUACAAGGAAACAUUUGGCUAUAUGUUCUUCCCUUUGAUUUUAGAAUUAAACCAAAUGUUUUGCUUGUAUUGUAAAUAGGCAGCGCGUAGUGUUAUGACAUCAAAUUCAAAUCUUUUGUUGAACAGACGUUGACGAGUGUAGCUCUGGUUCAUAUUCAUGUCAUGCUCAAAGCCAAUGUGUGAAUGUUCCUGGUUCGUACAACUGCACCUGUUUGCCAGGAUACGUAGAGGAUGGAAAGGCGAAAUGUGAAGGUAAAAUUAUCCGCAAUAGUGGUAGUUGGUUGGCUCGUCCUUUCUCACUUCAGGGCGUGAAGCCUCAAGCUUAUUUUUCUCAAGAGCUUCACAUGGUUUAUAUCUAAUCUGUUCUAAGGACUAACAGGUAAUUCAGUUUCGCUCGUUGUGGGCUACUGGGUGUGAAAUUAAAACCAUUUCUCCAAGACCUAAGUUCGUUUAACCCCGAAGAUUAUAACUUGUGACAGUCAUAUCUUAAUCACCUUGACCGAAGAAUAUGCUAAAAUUUCUCGAAGUAUAUAGCAGCAAACUUAGGUGAUAAAUCACUCGGCCAUUAACAUUUUACCUUGAAUUUCUCUUUUGCUUAUUUCCAGUUGAACUUUCAAGGUUUAAUGGUUUGGGUUUGUGGUAACUUAUUAUUUCUAGACACGGAAAUACUCUACCUCAAAGUCUACACCCUUCGUCUCGUUCCAUUCUCAUGCUAUGCCUCCGAGCGGGAAGGCUAAAUGCUGUGCUCAGCCCGUGUGUCAUGUCUCGAGCCAAAUAUUUUCCCAUCCGGCCUCAACUGACUGAGUCAAUUUACUUCAUUUGGCUGUUCCUUUUGCGUUUGUUACUCUGUAUUACCUCGCGUUGGACUGGGCGGCUUUUUUUGGCCCAGCUCGAGCGAUCACUUGCGGACCUCAUAUCUCACGCACGCUGGGAUUUUUACCAUCAUGCUUUUCAAUAAUGGCGCUUGUGAGGCCGUACUUGGUCCAUGAUAAGAUUUCUUUUUCACCUCUUUAAGCCCUAUCUUACUUAUAUUUUCCUAUUUUCCGACAGCUCCACGCCUGACAGCAACAAGCUCUUGCGUGUUAUCAACCUCAACAAAUACAUCUGGAUACAUCAGAAUAACUCAAGGUGCCUCGCAAUAUAGCAACAAUAUGGAUUGUCGAUGGAAUUUUUCUUCCAAUGCAGUAAUAGAACUUGUCUUCUUCAGUUUUCGUACUGAAUCGUCUGCAGAUUUCGUGUCUGUGUACGAUGGUGGGUCGCUGUCGUCGCCUCUGAUUAGAAAAAUGAGUGGAUCUUCUCUCCCGCCACCUAUCACGAGUUCUUCUGUUAAUCUUUACGUAAAGUUUUCGUCUGAUGGCGCAAAUACGUACGACGGUUUUGAAGCCACAUAUCGAGGUAAACCUUAACACAAGGUGGUUCAAGAUUAUAAUUAAAAAACUAGCCCGUUCCAGGCGUUCAGUUAGUAAAAUUAAGAGCAAUAGUAAACGGCGUGAAAAAUACGAGGGGGUUUGGGUCAGGUCGCAUAACCCGGCCCAAGCCUCCCUCGUUUUUUCACUCCUCCGCUACUGUCACGCCGUUUAUCAUCGUAGUUUUACCAACUGAACGCCUGGAAAAAGCUUUUCAAACAGUAGGUCUUUGAUGGAUCGUAGCACAAUUAUUUUUCAAUUAAAUGUUCAGGUAUGUUUCACCACUUUGAGACGAGGCUUUGACGUAUGACGCUACCAUAGCAACACGAUUUACUCUCAGAAACACCCUUAGUUUUAAGCCUUAUGUGCGUGUUACUCGAUAAACAAGUUCUGUGAGUGCUAAUAGAUUUUUUAGGGAAAAAAAGUUAAGAAAAAAGGUUAGUCACACCAUUAACUAUUCAGAACCACCUACUGAUUUAUAUAAUGUAAGGUGGCUCUAGGCUGUAGAGCUGAAUUUACCUACAUCUAAAGUCAUCCAAUAAACGGUUACUUCAUCUUAUAGAAGAACAACGUCAGUUACCUUAAGUAAUUUAUGAACUUUGUACUUAUUAUUUCACUUCUGUUAUCAGUUCUUACCGCUGGAUCCUUACGUAUAAGUGGAAAUACUGCCGUUGGAAGGGUUGAAGUCUACUAUGGUGGGCGUUGGGGGACAAUUUGUGACGAUGCGUGGGAUAUCAGUGAUGCUAACGUAGUGUGUAGGCAGCUUGGCUACGCACGAGCGAAGCGAGCCUACAGUGGCGCCACCCACGGCCAAGGUACUGGUCCAAUUUGGAUGGACGACCUGGCGUGCUCAGGCAGUGAGUCUCAUGUAUAUGACUGUAGACAUCGUGGAUGGGGAGACCAUGAUUGCACACACAGUAGUGACGUCAGUGUGGAGUGUUCGUCAAUCCGUUUGGUGAAUGGUGGCGCUAAUUAUGGCCGCGUGGAGGUUUAUCACAGUGGGGAGUGGGGCACAGUGUGUGAUGAUAACUGGGAUAUGAAUGAUGCUAAUGUGGUGUGCCGUGAGCUUGGGUUUCCCAGUGCAUCAUCAGCUCCUCAUAGCGCGCGAUACGGUCAGGGAUCUGACCCCACCUGGAUGGAUAACGUAAACUGUCAUGGAGGAGAAGCUACUAUA